AUGAACAUAGAAUAUUUAGGUUCGGAAAUUUCAGAUGGCCUUGGUUAUAUUACAAUUGGUGUCAAUACAACUGCUAACUAUGACGAUGAAGCUGUCGCUGCUGCCACAUUAUCAUAA